AUGUCGGCCGGACGCAAGGUCUUCCACUGUGCCGUGGAUGAAACGGCCUUGACUACCAACAUCAGUGAAAUAAAAAAAUGGACUACAAACGGUGCCAUCACCCUUGUUGUUCCCCUCUACACCCUUGAACGCCUCCAUGCGCUGAAAAAAGCCGGAUCCCAAACCGCCAUCAACGCCCGUGAGGCAGUCCGCUUCCUUGAUCGUGUGACCUCCGGAAAAGACAACGUUACUGCCGAGCGCAUCGCCCUCCAGGGCCCGAUGGAGCAAUAUGAGCGCUGGGAAGAUGCGGAGAAAUUCUUCCUGCCGGAAUUUGAGGAGGAACCUGAAGCGCUCAAUGGCGACAUUGUCAAUGGCCAGAUCCCGUCGGGAAAAUUUGGAGAUAAGAAAAGGGACGCCAAGAAGAAUGGAGCUUCGACGGAUGAUCUUUCGCAGAUGCUUUUGAGCAAAUUGAACUUCAAGAAGGACUCAGAUGCAGUUUCGAUUACCUCGAAUGGUACACACAGUGCUCCUGCCUCCCGCCCAUCUUCAAGGAGUUCCAGAACCAGCCCCGAAUGUACCAGCAAUCACUUGAUUUCCAACGGCGAAGGAUCCAAGGACACCAAAACGAAGCAACCAAAUGGGCAUCGACGAUCCGCUUCGGGAUCUAACAUUCCCAUAGUUCCCCCCGUUAUCCGACCGCUGCUCAGCGCUCUUCUUUGGCGACUUCACAAUGGUCCGGAUGCAUCGAAUGCAGCCAAGGCUUGUAUCCUAGUGUCGAACGAUCCGAUCACCCAGAUUUGGGCCCAGAAAUUUGGGGUCGCGGUUAAAAAUAUCCAUCAGCUGCGAACCUCCAUCCAGUACGAGGAAAGAGAGUACAAAAACCGUUGCAAAUACGUCGAGAAAACACAGGCAACUACAACUACCGAACCAAAGACGCUUCUUUCCUACGAGGAUGAGAGUGAGGAAGACGAGUUGGUCUUCGUUCCUCGCGGUCGCGGAAAGGGCGCAACGAGAGGCGGGGGCGCCCGAGGCACUAGCAAUCGCAAACCGGCUGCUUCGAAGGCUGCCGCACCGCCGCCUGCGGAGAGCACGGUUGAUAUCCCAACGCAGCCUAUCGACCCCAACUCUUUCAGUCGUUCCCUGGGGCCGACCCCCAAACAGCCGACUGUCGACCUCAGCACACAGUCCGGAGCAGCUCGUGGUCUGGCAGGCGCAUCUCGUCCCAACCGCCGGGGUGCCUCUUCGCGUGGCACAGCCCGUGGUGGCAGCCGUGGCCGUGGAGGAAAGCUUUGGGUUCCUUGA